AUGUUUGUGGAAAAGGAUACAAAUCAAAUUGUUAAUAGUGGUUUCAUCUGGGAAGAGGGUGACAAGGAGAAGGUGAAGGGGUCAACUCCCAGAAGGAAAGGGUGCCCAGCAAAUCACGUCCUCAAGAAAGGAGGGGGGUUGGAGAGGGAAAGGAGGCACCUCCCUGGGCUAGGAGAAAAGGUGAAACAGAGACAGGAAGAAGUUAUCAGAAUUUUAGAUACUUACAAAAUAAAGUAUGAAUUAAUAGAUAUUUCUCUCAGUUUGAAAGUACUCGAAGAAAUGAAGAUGAAGGUUUCCACUCCGCACUCUCUACCACCUCAGAUAUUCAAUGGCGAUGAAUAUUGUGGAGAUUUUGAAAUGUUUCAUCAGGCAAAGGAGAACAAAGAGAUUCUGAAAUUCCUGAAGAUGGAAUGAAUGAGCAGUUCAUGAUACAAAAGAUGUUUACUGACAUUGAUCUGUGUAUACAUCUAUAUUCACCAGUUACUUUUAAUUAUAACAA